AUGAAGUUCCAGGCCUCCACCGCCGCCUUCGCGGCCCUCCUCACCCUCGCCGCUGCCGAGGUGCCGCAGGAGCACUCGCACGAGAAGUACUUGAGGGCCGUCAACGACCUCCUGAAGCAGAACAAUCCCCAAAACAUCCAGGACGCCGUCUUCGGCCUGUUGGGCAAUGCCGCCGCCGCCGACGGCGCCGGCGAUGUCAAGAACCUUGACUGUCUGCACCAGGCGACGGCCGACUCGGCCUUCUCCACCGCCAAGGCCGCCGGCGACGUCGACGGCAUGGCCAGCGCCCUCGUCUACGCCGCCGUCGAGCGCAACACGGGCAAGGUCGGCCUCAAGAGCGUGCUCUGCACCGACAAGGCCGAGAACCCCGAGAUCGCCGCCCUGAGCCAGCACCAGGAUCCGGCCUCGGAAGGCGCCGCCGAGACGAACAAGGCCAUAACCCUCGAGCUGGCCAAGCAGCUCGCCUCCGUCGGCGCAGACCCCCAGCUCGCGCUCGACUCUGGCACCUUCAAGCCCGGUGAUGUCAACGACAGCACCGGAGCAGGAAACACGUGCGACGACGCCAACGACGCCGAGGGCUGCAUCUUCAGCCAGAACCUGCUCGUCAAGGACGCCAGCGCCGACGAGAUCGCCGCAGCCGCCGCCGAGGUCUCCGGAAACGCCGGCAACGGCGCUGAUAAUGCCGCCAACUCGACCAAGGUCGCCAGAAGAUUCCGUUCCAGAGGCCGCCGCGCCACGACUAUCCUUCCUUCGGGCCGUCGCCAGGUCAGGGAGAUCGAGAACCGGAACCAGAACCAGAACCAGAACCAGAACAACAACGCUGGUGCUGCCACCGGGACAAAUGUCCAGACCUUCACCGGCGCCCUCGGCGGCCCCGCCCCGCCCGUCAACUCGUCUCCCGCCGCCACCGACAAGCCCUUUGAUGUCAACGGCUCGACGUUUGUCAACAAGGGCGCCGCUCUGCAGCGCUCGUGCUCCGUGCAGAACAACGCCUGCUCCGACGCCGCCAACUCGGGCGCCGAGGACAUCACCGUCGCCGACUGCCAGGCCCAGGAGGACGAGUGCCUCGCCGCCGCGUCCCUUAAGAAGCUCCGUCGCUCCUCCGGCGGCCACCGCAUGCGCAUCGCCUCCCGCCAGGCUCUCGACUUUGGCAGCUGCCAGGACCCCAGCAUCGAGUUCGCCGCCGGCCUCGACGGUCGCAAGGAGGAGUCUUUCGCCCCCGCCGGCGACUUCGAGCACGGCUCCGCCCUCAACAUCAACGUCAUCAGCAGCUUCAUCUGCGGCCAGCUCCAGUCAAAGUGCAAGGCCGAUGCCGCCGCCGUCGACGCCUGCAAACAGGGUCAGGCCGCGGCGCAGGGCCAGAAGGGCCAGGCUGCCGCCGACGCGUUCAACUCGGCCCUCGGCGUCUAA